AUGAAAGUGGUACUUAGGAGACAGACCAAAAAAAUGAGCCUAAUGGAUAUAACUAAAAUUUUCUCCAUGCUCCAGCCCAGAGAAGAUGAAGAGGAUAAUGGAGAAAGCCAGGAGCUGAACCAAGCAGUAUCUGAGGAUGACUAUCAAACUCUUGAUAAACUCUUGCGCCAAGACAGAUACAAAAGAUUUAUCAACAGCAGAAGUGGCUGGGGCGUACCCAGCACUCCCCUCCGCCUUGCCGCAUCCAAGGGCCACAUAAGGAGUUUAGAGGUCCUCUUGGCCCACGGAGCGGACGUGGACAGUCUAGAUGUGAAAGCGCAAACGCCGCUGUUCACUGCCGUGAGCAACGGUCACCUGGAGUGUGUUAAAGCGCUCCUCGACGCGGGGGCCUGUCCUUCCGGCAGUAUCUACAACAACUGCUCUCCACUGCUCACCGCUGCUCGAGACGGAGACAUCUGCAUCCUGCAAGAGCUCCUGGACCAUGGUGCGGACACCAACGUCAAGGCGCGGGUGCCCGAGUGGGCUGCCAAUUCUGCAGCUUGCUCUGGCCCGCUGUACCUCGCUGCGGUUUACGGGCACCUGGAGUGCUUCAAGAUGCUUCUGCUUUACGGAGCCGACCCCAAUUACAACUGCACAGACGAGAAGAUGAUUGCACGGAUCAAGCAGCCCAAGACCCUGCUCGAAAUCUGCCUGAGACACGGCUGCGGGAGCGAAUUCAUCAAGCUGCUCAUUGACUUUGGAGCCAACGUGUACCUGCCAAACGUCGCGGGAGAAAAGCUUGUGCCCAGCAGCGAAGGCCUGGAGCUGCUGCUGAGGGAGAGAGCUCAUCCCAAAUCCCUGAUGUCUCAGUCCCGGCUGGCAGUGAGAAGCCUUCUGAAGCUGGCUGGCCACGCGCAAGCCGUCGGCGAGCUGGAGAUCCCACCCGUCCUGCGGAGCUACCUCAGACACCAGCCCUAG